AAACUGUUAGGCGGAAGCUGCUUAAGGACAGGAUGGAAUUCCUUCCACCACCUAUUCCAACAUACUUGGGUGGCUCGGUGCCAAACAUGCACUCUUUUUUCACAGCACCUGUCUUUUUUUGGCGCCCUGUUGGCAUUUUACAUGUAAAGGUUAGGUGCCCAAACCCCAGCUGCCCAGCCCCACCAGAUACUUUUCUGAUCAGAAAAGGUUUUUCCUCUUCUGCACGACAGGUUUGUGGUCUGAAGUCCUUUUAUACUCUGCUGUCUGAACGACUGCUGUGCACUCACUGUGAAAAGGUGAGGAACGCCAGUGAGAUGACCAGAGACCAGGACCCCCAGCAGCAGUACAGCUGGUUGGCAUCCAGCCCCAGAAUCCUCAUGAAUUUGGCUCCAGCUGUGCAGCACAUGUUUCCAGCCAUCCUGUGUGGAAAGCGCGCCAUUGACAGAAGUGCGGUGACUCUGCUCAAUGAUCGCAUCAACUCACUGAGCAUGAGCAAAGUGCAGCGGCUCAUCCAGCAGGGGCACGAUGAGUGGUACAUGGACCGCAGAGGCCUCUACCAAACGCUGCUGUAUGACGCCCACACCCUCAGAGGCAGCUCCUCCCAGAGCGGGAUCCUGUCCUACCUGAAGUCACCGGGACAGUACACACCUCCCCUUCAGCAGAGCCGUCUUCCAUCUGCGCGAGUGCUGCGUCGAGCGCACAUGAUCAGCGAGAUGGAGAAGAUGUCUGUGUAUCGUUCCUCCAUACUGAGCGUGACAGGAGAAAUCCUGUGCAUCGACGGCACAAAGCAGCUCCUGAAAAAGAUCUACGGUGAUGGCCAAGCAACACUGCAGUACCUCACCAGCGUGCUGAACGAAUGGGGUCAAUUUGUGACCACCGUUGUGGUGGCGUCAGAGUCUGAGGAGAGCUACAGAAGACUGGCCCGUGGACUGACUGCCAGGUUCAAGCGUGCACAAGAACCUGCUCCCAAAAUCCUGUACGCAGACACUCACUGCUGUUGAUAUACAAGCAACCACUCCUCCACACAGCAACCUGCAGUAUCAGAUGAGUUCAAUCACACACAGGGUCCUCACCCACCUUUUCUACAUGAAUCCACUAACACCCAAUGAUUUUCAUGCACCACUACCUGUGUGUCUGACGCCGAGCCCCUCCUCGCAUUCCUGGCCAGAUUCCACUUCUGCCCAUCACCCAAAGGAUGUCCCCCUGCUGAGGCCAUGCUCAAAGACACGGUGGACCGCCAUCCAAGUAAGGAAACCCCUGGCCGGUUACAAUUAUAUUUAAAAAAAGUAAAACAAACACCAAAAAAAAAGAAGAAAAAAACGGCUCCCCAGCAGUCAGAAGACUGAACCUGCGACAGAAAAGAAAAACCAAGAAGAGAGAAAGAAAAUCACGAGAGGUUACCAAAUUCAAAUUCCAACGCCACGCCCUCCUGCACAUGCGUGUUCAGGGUGGUAUGGCCGUAGGCGAAGGGUUGUGUGGAGCAGAGCCCUUUAAGCGCUGCCUGCACCAGACUCCUGCCUGCUCCCAGCGGCCCCUUCACCCACUCACUCUGUGCCACUGAUUGGUGCACCUGCUGAGCGGACACACCCACCUGCAGCCAAAACGGUGACCUUUCACCCCAGCAGGUGCGCCACAGCGGCCUUCCACACACACACACCUGCGUGGGCUCGUCACCGAGACGGCAGCGUUUCUAGAGGGUGCAGGCUCGUGCAUUUGCACCUCGGCGCUGACUGCCCUGCAGCUCGCUGAAGAGUUUGGAUGAAGCCCGGACGGUCAUGUCAGAGAAAAAAAAAAAAAAAAAAAAAAAA